CUUCUUGUUACACAAAACCCACAUUCAAUCCUUCUUCCAUACAUUCUGAACCCACCGCCUUAAUCCUCUUUAUUUCAACAAUCCUCGCCCAAAAUGGUAGUCAAGAUGAUGAAAUGGCGUCCAUGGCCGCCGCUUUUAUCGCGAAAAUUCCAGGUGAAAUUGGCGGUGAAGAAGAUGGAGGGUGCGAAUUGCGAUCCAGAGAAGGAUGAUCGUACGAUUGUGGAAAUCAAAUGGAAGGGACCCAAGAUCACUCUGGGUUCAUUUAGAAGAACAGUGAAGAGGGAUUACACGAGGGAUGGGAAAGUUGUGGAUUCAGACGGUGUCGUAUGGUGGGAUGAAGAAUUCCAUACGGUUUGUACCCUUUCUGGGUAUAAAGAAAAUGACUUUCUUCCUUGGGAGAUUGGGUUUACAGUCUUGAAUGUAUCAAACACAGGGGUGAAGAACAAGGUUCCUUCAAUAGGAAAGGCACACUUGAAUCUGGCUGAAUUUGCUUCUUUUCUCCAAGAAAAAGAAUUUCAGCUCAACAUUCCUCUCAUCAUUUCAUGUGGAUCCACAGAUCCUCAACUCUCUCUCCAUAUAUCACUUGGUUUGAAGGAGAUGAGAGCCGAGUCAAUGCAGAGUCAAAGUCAAACAUCGGAAACUUCAUCGGAAGACCAUUCCGCACUUAAAGCAGGGUUAAGAAAAGUUAACAUCUUUAAGGAGUAUGUGUCGAUUAAAAGAGGUAAAAAAGCCGCUCAUGUAGAUGAUCAUGAAACCAGGAGUGAUGACGGUGAUGUUUCCAAUCUUGAUGAAUCUGGAGAAGGUAUUCGGAAGUCGUUUAGCUAUGGCACGUUGGCAUAUGCAAAUUGGAGCGGAGGGUCUCUUUUUGAGGACGAUGUUUACUAUCGUAACCACAAAUCGGAUGCCGAUUGCUCGCCAGAAGAGGAUUCGACUGCUUCGGUUUCUGAAACGUACGUAGUUCAGAAUCACAGACGUAGCAUUUUACCAUGGAAGAAGAGGAAAUUGAAUUUCAGAUCACCAAAAGCUAAGGGUGAGCCAUUGUUAAAGAAGGGUUAUGGUGAAGAAGGCGGAGAUGACAUCGACUUUGACCGCCGGCAACUCAGCUCCGAUGAAUCUCUUCUUGGGGUGAAAUCUAAGUCCGAUGAAGACUCAUGCGUGAACCGACGUUCGGUAUCUGAGUUUGGGGACGAUAGUUUUACUGUCGGGAAUUGGGAACCGAGGGAUAUAAUCAGUCGUGAUGGGUGUAUGAAGCUUCAGACACAUGUCUUCUUUGCUUCCAUCGAUCAACGGAGUGAGCAGGCGGCCGGAGAGGGUGCUUGUACCGCCCUCGUGGCGGUGAUUGCUGAUUGGUUCCAAAACAAUCGCGAUCUCAUGCCAAUUAAGUCGCAAUUCGAUUCUCUCAUCAGAGAAGGAUCAUCAGAGUGGAGGAGCCUCUGCGAUGACGAAAUUUACAUGGUCCGCUUUCCCGACAAGCAUUUUGAUCUCGAAACUGUCCUUGAAGCCAAGCUACGCCCUCUCGCCGUAAUCCCAGGAAAAUCCUUUGUCGGUUUUUUCCAUCCCGAUGAAGCCGACGAGGGUAGUUUUGACUUUUUGCAUGGAGCAAUGUCGUUUGAUAACAUGUGGGACGAAAUUAGUCGUGAAUCAGAGGCUUCUAGCAAUGGCGAAGCUAAGGUUUACAUAGUGAGCUGGAACGACCACUUCUUCGUGUUGAAAGUUGACUCAGAGGCAUACUACAUUAUCGACACUUUAGGAGAACGGCUAUUCGAAGGGUGCAAUCAAGCUUAUAUCUUGAAAUUUGAUCAAAACUCAGCAAUAUUCAAACUGCCCGCCUCUGCUUCCAGUGAGCGGAAUCCGGCAGCUGAACAACUUGGCGAUUCCGAGGGCUCCGUGGAAAAAACGACAGAGGAAAACGACAUUAUUUGCUGCGGGAAAGAGUCUUGUAAGGAGUAUAUCAAGAAUUUCUUGGCUGCCAUUCCUAUAAGGGAACUGCAAGCAGAUAUCAAGAAAGGUUUGGUUUCUUCUUCUACUCCACUUCAUCACAGGCUACAAAUCGAAUUUCACUACACGCGGUCACCACCACCGGCACCGGCCGCUGUGGAUGGUGAUCCGGUGACUGCCACAUCAGCACCGGCAACUGUGGUCGUUGCUACAUAGAGGAAAUGUGAGUUUGUAGGGCUAAAGUCUUGAACUUUGUUGUCUAAGGUUCUUGUUGUUUACUGUUUUAAGAGUAAAAAUCAUAAUUUUCUUGAAUGUUUCUAGGGGUAUAUAUGUAAAUGGGGUUUAAAGUCUUUGACUUUAUGUGUUGACUUGUAAAAACCAAACUGUCUAUAUGUCUAACUUCUGAUCUUUAAUCUAUUUAAUGAAAUCUU